UAAAGCCAAAUAUCAACUUUAUAAACCGAUAAAAUUAUCAAUAGACUUUGUGAUACAUUGUAGACAUGACUUAGCAAAGAAAAGUCUCCUCUUACCCAAAAUAAUCCUUCAAGGAUUAUGUGUUUGGCCUGAUGAUUCCAGAACGGCUCUCAAAAAAUGGACAAUUAUUGCAGUUCUCAUAAGUUUGGGUAUAAUGGAGGUCGGACAUGUAAUAUACAUCAUACUGAAUAUCACAAACAUAUCCAAAAUGGCGUCAGCCUGUACCACUGCAUCUACCACUAUUGAGACAAUGGCAAAACUAGCAACCAUGCUAUUCUAUCGAGAUCCUCUAAAUCGUAUCCUGGUAAUAAUCUGGCACCACUUCUGGCCUGCAAAUAUUGCAUCAAAACAACGCCAAGAAGAAAUACGUUCACGCAGCAACUAUGUCACAAUGGUUGUAUGCACAUUCCUCACAAUGGCGUUUGUUUCCUGCGCUCAGUUCAUGGCAUUUCCUUUAGUUUCAACAUCGACUAAACAACUACCACUUCAAUCUUGGUAUCCAUUUGACACUCAUGUCAGUCCCAUUUAUGAGAUGAUGUACAUUUGGCAAUGGUUCAUGAACCAAGUGGUCAUUUGUGUCUUAAGCGGCUUUGAUGCGUUCUUCAACUCAAUUGUCAUGAUCUGCGCGUGUCAGUUUCAGAUUUUGCAGGAUGUUUUAGAAACAAUGUGUGAUAAAACAAAAGGUAAAAAGUGGAAAGAGUUCUUUAAGAAUAAGAAAAGCAUUACAAAUCACAUUGAUGAAUUUAAUAUUAUGAUUGAAUGUGUUGAACAUCAUUUACGGCUUAUUAGGCUGUGUAAAUUAAUCGAGACAACUUUUCGACAUAUUGUGUUUCUGCAGUUUGUUUUCAGCACGUUGGCAAUCUGCGUUUCAUGCGUUGCGUUAAUUGCAGAUCCAUCGUUGUUCCAACACAUGUUUAGCUACUGCGUUGCUCAUCUGCUGCAGUUCUUUAUUUACUGCUCCGUUGGAAAUGAGCUAACUUAUCAGAGUGGAAUGGUAGCUGAUGCAAUCUACAAUUGUGACUGGGAGACUACCGUUGAUUCCAACUUUCGAAUGGGAAUCGUAAUGAUCCUUCAACGGGCUCAAAGACCUGAAGCACUCACAGUUGCUGGAUUGAUGCAGCUAAGUUUUGCGAAUUUUGUUGCUACUGUGCAGCUCUCUUUCUCGUUUUACACACUGUUGAAUUCAUUCGUUUAAUGACGCCGUUUGAAAUUCAGGUUUUAUUAUGUUGGCUAGGCGUCAUCUCUAUAUUUUUGAAUUUAUAUUUAAAACGAAAAGCUUACGCAAUUGCAGUUAAUUUGUUUAUGUUACAUGUAAAUAUAUAGGUGUAGGUGUCUAUUAUUCAUACUUUCACGCUCCAAUCACUUUGCAAACUUCGAAAUUCAAUGAUUUUAAAAUAAAUCAGUAAUUUUUUUCAUGGCAUAAGAAGAAUCUAAAACAUAACCUAAUAUUUAAACUUAAUAUUUUAAAUAUUUUUUGUUCUGAACUGUAGGCUUUGUGAGGAGUUGUUUUCGUGCAUUGUAAAAAGCAAUAUUGAAUAUUAGCUGAUGAUUAAUUUGGAUUAUGAUCAACAAACACGCACUAUGACUGCAGCAGAGAUAAUUUCAAUCUAUUAAGUAAUUACAAAUGACUUAUAGCUUUUACGCAUAUUAUGCAUAUGAGAAUAAGUCGCUUCUCAGUACAAAUAUUCAUUCAUCGUGCGUCCGCGCGUGCGUUUACAUUUAGUUAUAGCAAGUUUCUCCGUCAGCUGCGAGUCGAAAACAAGCGUGUGCAAGGUUAGAUAUUGUUAGGUUUACCAACUGAUAAAAAGCCGAAAUUUAAUGCGCCUCAACGUUAUUAUAUCAACAGAUGAAUAAGAUAAUGGCCGAAGUCGACGUAAAAAGUGGUCUGCGAAGUAUCCUACAACGAAUAGAUGCUGCAUGCCAAAAAAGAAA